CCCCCCCCCCCCCCCCCUUGAUAGGUUAAGUUAUUUCGUUUUAAGCCAUGCAUCCGGCCUAGACGUGGACCCUCGAUGGAUCGAUGGUACCGCAUCUCUCUCGAGGGUUUACUAGGGCGCGGGCGGGCACUAUAUGUACUUUGUUUCCAUUUCGUUUUUAAAAACCCAAAAUAAAACAAGAAAUAAAAACAAAAUUGAAUCAAGUCUUGCACAGAAGGCAUACACCCCAUAUCCAUACCCAUACCCAUACCCAUACCCAAAUUAAAAUCCCCUCCAUGUAGCCUUAAAAUUGUAUAAAUGCAAAAACAGCAAACCAACGACAAACAAGAAACAAAAUUACAAAAUGAAAACACUAUUUUCAAUCAAAAUUGAAUGGCCGAGAGUCGGAGAGAGAUUAUGGCAUAAGAGUUUUUUGUUACAAGAAAAAGUAACACACAAAAAAAAAACAAGCAAGCGCAUUGCAACUAAUGAUCGAUUAAUGUAAAUGUAGUAAUGAUAUAGCGAUAAAGAAGUUCAUUUUAAAAUGUUUGCCCUGUUUUCCUUAACUGAGUAACAAAUUGCUGCUGGAGAAAAUGGCAACUCCCUGGCACACACGAGCCCUAGUCGAUAAGUCAUGAAUCAAUAAGAUUAGAAAUUACACAUUACAUACAUACAGCAGAAUGUGUACAGUUGCGCGUGGUUAAUUAUAGUUUAGGUAACUAAAAAAAUAAAUGUACGGAGAGUCCCUGGAUUUUGAGAAAGGAGGAGACUCUCUUGGUCUUGCUCGAAGUUCAUUUCAAUUUCAGUUCAAUGUUUGUUUGGGUAAAGUAUAAAAAAUAGUUGGGAUCGUUCCUUUGUUUCCUUGUUCCUGCAUCCUGCAUGGUAAUGGCUGGAUGUCUGGUUAUCCUGCUCUGUCCCAGUGUGCCUUCCACUAACAAUCAAUUGUUUGCUUUCGUUUGUCCUUAGUUACUUAUAAAUUUUCAACCCAAGAUGCUUUCUAUCCCUGUGCUGUGCAUCGUGUGCCUGAUUGAAAUGAAUCAUUUUGUUACACUAGCAGCCAGGCCAAUACCUCGAGCCACAGAGGCAUCGUACACAGCUCGAGAGCCGCUGCAGCUGCCAAUCGAUGAGGAGACGAACCCCGCCUGGGAAUACACCAUGGGUGCAGGGGAAGGAGGAAUCCUCUACGAGGAUGGCAUUGGGGAACCGAGGCCCAGAGACGAAGAACUCAGCGCACCAAAUCAGAUCGAUUGCGAAUCGCCGAACAGAAAGAGGCUCAGGCUCAUUGAGGAACUUUAUUGCGAGGCUCUGCUUGCUGCUGAAAGUAAGGAAAAUGGCGUCCAUUAUCGAAUUCAUAGAAUGCCGAUUUAG